AUGCCUGACUCCCAGGAACCAACUCUCACAAUAACUCCACCGGGAAUGGCGGUGCCCGAACGUGGUGGCCUGGCGAAGAGGCGCCAACAAAGACUGUUGACCUCCGGUGAGCUCUUCGUGAAAAAGUAUCGAACAGAGAUCGCAGCGAGUGCUAGUAGUUGUGUAUCGACAUUCAUUGCUUUUCCCCUCGACUCCGUCAAAACGCGCAUGCAAGCGUAUAAAUUUCGAAGUUUUUGGGAUUGCGUUACUCAAACCCAUAAAACCGAAGGAACAAGAGGUUUCUGGCGAGGAAGCCUUGCACCUUUGGCCUCGGUAACCUUAGUGCGGACCAUAUCCUUUUCGAUCUAUUCAAAGUCGAAAAAUACAUACUCCUCGUUUUUCAAGUCUAUGCUAGGUCCGAAGGUUAUAUCUUCUCCGAGCGAAGCGUUUAAACCAUUAAACCCAGUCUACUGGUUUAUUAGUGGUGCUACGGCCGGGGGUGCCAUCACAGUUAUUGCGUGCCCAUUUGAGUUUACGAAGCUUUCAUCGCAGAUCGAACUACUGAUGGCCCGCUCGCGGAUGGCGAGUGUGGAUGACCCAAGUCACAUCACCAAGUACCAGCCAAAAGGGACAUUUCAGAGCGCUAGUAGUAUCGUGAAGGCGAGAGGAUUUGGAGGACUGUAUUCCGGGUUUCACCUUCACUUUAUCCGUGACACUCUGGGAACAGCAAUGUACUUUACGUUUUAUGAAAGUGGCAAACAUUUGUUUUCCUCCUCGAACGGCGCUGGGCCAUUGGCGAUUGCGGCUUCUGGUGGACUGUGCGGCUUGCUUAGCUGGGUCCUUAUCUACCCGAUAGAUUCGGCGAAGGCAAUAUAUCAGAGGGACGUCUUGACACAUCGGCCAGGUGAACCUCUACCUAAAAGGCCAUUUCGAUUUUUUAAUCGUAGGAUGUAUCGUGGGCUGGGGGUGUCUAUGACUAGAUCAUGCCUCCUGAACUCUGUCUUCUUCAGCAGCUAUGACACGAUUCUCCCAACUCUCAAUAAAUUCCGCGAAGCCUAUAUAAAUGCCGCUGUAAUUUUGUUACAAACGCAAAAAGCCUUUAGCGGAAGAAAUAAGUCUAAUCAUCCCAAAAGUGUCUUACAACUGGAAGUGAAUCCAGGAUUAUCUAAAGCCACUCACUUUUGGCAAAACCAUGCUCGUUAUCAUUGGUGGUUGAUUACAUAA